AUGGCACCAAAAUAUUUAGAACAACAAAGACUAAGAAAGGAUCUUCUGAGGAAACACUGUGCUGGCGUCAAUCAAAGUUUGUUUAACUUGAAUAAUAUUGAUUUGAAUAACUUCAUUGUGGACGACCAACACGGCAUCAUUUACUGUUACAUUCCUAAGGUGGCAUGUACCAACUGGAAAAGGACUUUGAUUGCUUUAAAACAGAAUGAACCAUAUCCUGACCCCAUGUCCUUUAAAAGUAACAUGGUCCACAAAUUUGAUAGAUUCCGACUCCUGAAGCACUAUUCAAUGCCAGAAAGAAAGGCAAAACUAAAGCACUACACCAAGUUUCUGUUUGUCCGUGAUCCAUUUGUGCGCCUCAUCUCGGCUUACAGGGACAAGAUGCUGAAUUAUGAUCAGUACUUUUAUGAUGGCUACAUUAGAGUCAUUUUGCAACGCUAUAAAACCCAGAAGGAUGUACCUGUUAAAUUUAAUGGGACAAAAAAAACGGAUGUCAAACCUUCGUUCCAUAACUUUGUUCAGUACAUAGUUGACCCGCGAACAGAGAAAUAUGCACCGUUUGAGCCUCACUGGAGGCAGAUGCAUCGCCUGUGCCACCCCUGCCUUGUUGAAUAUGACUUUGUUGGCCAUCAAGAGAGUCUUCAAGAAGAUGCUCAGCAGCUGCUGAAGAUUUUAAAGUUAGAAAACGCCAUUAAGUUUCCUCCAUCAUAUGAAAAUAUGACUUCUGGUAGUUCUGUUAUGGAAUGGUUUCAAGGGGUACCAAUAGAAGACAGGAGGAAGCUGUACAAAAUCUAUGAAAAAGACUUUCAACUAUUUGGCUACAGAAGGCCAACUGAACUGCUGGAUGACUGAGCUGAUGUCAAGCCCAUGGCACACAGCCACUGCUACAUUUUGCCCAUAUUGCACUGAUGAUUGGUCAUACGUGCAUAUUCGUGGGAAAAAGUGAGAAAAGUUGCAGUCUUUACAUGAAAUUUUCAAAAAUGUAUUAUGAAUGAACCACGCUAAAACCGCUGAAGAAGAACAAUUAAACCACGCAAAGAGCAUGUAAAGCAAAGUAGAACAUGAACGGUGCGUGAUUAUUGCGCUGUUUACAUGCAAUUCAUUAGUGCUUCAUGCGUCAAUUACUUAAUUUGAAGGUGAUAUGUGUGCCGUAUGCAUGAUGUAAAAGUUAUAAAUCAGUGGUACAUCCGUAAAAAGUCUGUUAGACAUAUGUGGACAUAUGUGGAACGCCAAAAAUUUGCAUCUUGCAAUAAUAACACACAAUUGCAUAAGAUUUCUGUAAUAAUUAUGUAUUUACCAUGUAAAAUACGCAUUAACUGUGUAAUUCUCAACCAACCAAAAAUUUUGAGCAACUCAAAACCGAAUUCACAUAAAGACUUGUGGGCUGAAACGCUUGAUGGACAUCUGCACACAUUGACGAAUGCAAGCAACACUCUUGAAUUACAGAUGUCGUGCAUGUAUCACGAAAGACCGAAAUUACAUACAUGUAAAAUAAAAUGCGCAAAAUGUACGCAGACAUGGCCUUUAGGAGUUCUCCUGUGCUCAUUCACUUCAAUGUUGAAACUGCCUCAGAAAAUGAACAAACCACAUAAUUUCACACAACAGACAGCAUAAGAUUUGAAUAUUCACACUUUAAAAUUUCUAAAUGUUAAUUUUUAGGCAUCAUAAUUCACUAACAACAAAAGGCAAAAGCCCCUGCUCUUUCUAUGAUAAAAGAAACAAUGUAGAAUUGAAAAGUUAGUACACGACUAGUGUAGCAGUUUUUUUCUGGGUUGCAAUCACAAUUGCAAUCCAAUAAUGCUGUUUUAUAAUAACAAUGGAUUGGAUUUUCUAGACACUCAAGGCGCUUACAAUGUGUCCAUCAAUCA